AUGCUUCUAUGCUCGGAUAUUUUACAUACGGCUGAGCUCAAAGCAUUUUUAAAUGUGUGGUUUGAGCUUGUAGCCAUUUCCCCACUUGUUACUAAUAGUAACUAUCUCUAUUCCUUCCACAAGCUUUUCACAUCUGAAAAAACUUCCUGUACAAUGUUGGCAACAUCAAAGAUGUUGAAACUUCAAAGGCAAGUAGAAAAUUUCUCAUCUGGAUUUGAAGACACACAAACAGAUAAAUAUUAA